GGAAACAGAUUUAACGUCAUUUACAGAAUGUUACGUUCCCACACACUUCUGCCCCCCCCCAAAGACACCCCCAUCCUUGGCAAGAGGAUUCAGACCAACGGAUGAGGGCGGCAAGAAGGAACUGCAAAAAGGAGCCCGCCAGCUCUUCUCCUGGCCCUCCCCUCAAGGACCAAAGAGGGAGCUUGCAGUUUUUGCUGCAGAUCUGGGAGCCUCUUUGGAAGCCCCUAAGAACAACACACCUCCCCUCCAUGACAACUUUUGGGGUUCCUUCUACGCUGUGGCUGGACUCUGCUGAUCCACCCCCAGCACUUAUUCAGCGGGGAACCGGAAGCAACAGAAGCGCCUUGUCGCCCCCUUCCCCAAGGGCGCUUAGCCGGCACGUGUGGCCUGGGGAGGGAAGGGCUUCCCAAGGAAGCACCAAGGGCUGGUGGCUGCGUUCCAACUGCUGGGGGCGCUGUGACACCCCAACCUUUGGGAGAAGCAAAAGGGCACACUUCUCCCCCUUGUUUUCACACCUGAGCGAGCCCGACGCUGUUCCCAGCAGGGCUGCCUGCUACCAGGCGGGACCUGACAGGGUGGGCCCUGCCUUUCGCAAGAGGCAGGCGACUUCGAUAAGCAGACCAGCCUGGGGGUGCUGCCUGGGGGUGCGUCUCCCGUUUUGACGGCAGGACUGGGAACGCUCAGCCAACCACAGAACCAAGACGGGCCCUUCCGGCCAGGUGGGGAAGUUGCAACUGGCUUUGCGGAGAUCCGAACCCCCAGAGGCAAAAGCCAGCAGCUGCUCAAGCUUCUCCAGGGCCCGAUUCACAGCACUAGCCAAUGCCCUGCGGUUCUGCGGUUCCCAGUCCAGAGAAAGGUCAGGGGAUUUCAGAGCCUUUUGGGGAGAACCAACCCCACGGCCGGGGGGGGGGCGGGAGGGAGAGGGAGCUGUCCCGCAAAGCAGGGAGGGAGCUUCAGCCUCCCCAGAGAAACAAAGAGGCAGAGCGAAGAAGAGACCCCCCCCUCCCCUCACAAAUUAAUCCCUUUAACUUAAACUGUUCAGCAAACAGUUAAGCGAGGAUGAGGGCGACCCAAGGACUGGGCCAUCAACCCUGGGAGCACAAAGGUGGCUGUGGCCGAGAUGGGGGGGGGGCUGUGUGGCGGUGGACCCAUGGUGAAGGAGGGGAAAAGGGCCAGAGGGACUCCUGUAUGCCUGGUGACUCUUGCCAUGACCGAGGGGCCCGGCCCCUCCUCCCCACAGAUGCCCUUCUGCCUGCUCCGAGAGUGCCCUUCCCUUCCUCCGCCCCACUCUGCCUGGCCUGGAUCCCACUUCCAUGCCCACCAGGGUGCCAGUCCCUUUUCCUGGGGAUGUUCCUUGCCUCUGGCCAUGCAGUCGAGUGGGGAGGACGCCCUGUGCCUGCCUGUGGGGGGGAGGGUGGCUUCCCUGGCCAGGGAAGUGGGGGGAGAGGAAGCGCCUGGGCCCAGCGGACAUGCUUUCAAGCAGACGGGCCCCCUGGGAGCCGAGUGUGAGAACCUGUCGACUUGCUAAGCAGUGGGGGAAAGUGGGGGAAGGGCGGGCGGCUUUGAGCAGCAGCAGGGAGGAAGAGGAGGCGGCCUGAGGAGGGGGGCGGCAGCAGCCCCCCCUAGAAGUUCUUCCUCCCCCCUCCAGCCUUGCAGCUCUGUUUUGGGGGGGAGGAACCGUGUCAGAAGGAUGAAAAGCAUCGGGCACUGCGGCUUUUGUUGCAAAGGGGGCAGAAAAGGGCUUGAAUUCAUAGCAGCUCCUUCUGCCUGCCCCCCCCACACUCCCCACACCACUGCUGGGGUUGAAUCGGCAUCCCCUCCGUGUGUGGAGAGAAAGGAAGGUGGGAGAAUGGAGCCCAAGCCAGAGGUUGCCUCUUGCCUUGCCUGCCUUCGACCCGACCCCAGGCGCAAACAGCCCUCUGGCGAAGGGAACCUUGGGGCAGUUCAGUUAAAUCAGAGGAAGAGCUCUGUUUGUCUCCCUCCCCCCAAGCCUCUGUGUGCACACACACACAUACACACACACACACACACAGCCUCGGCCACCAAAGCAGGGCCCGGUCCGGCCAAGGCCUCGGUGGUCCUCGAUGGCCCCAAUUCUGCAUCCGGGGAGGGGGGCCUUUGUUGAACAAGCUCCAUGUCCUCGGCUGGAAAGAGGGGAACAUUUCUCCCCACUUCACAGGCACCGCUCCGAAAAGACGCUGAGGAAGAGGAGACGUCAGAUUCUGACUCCCUCAGCUGCUUCCGGAGGGACUGACGUCACCGCAGCUGAAAGAAAGGUGCUGGGAGAGGAAGUCCCUGCCCACCAAAAGUUUGAGGCCUGACCACUCGCAGGGGCGCCCCUUCCCCUCUGGAAAACGCCCAAAGGGCUGGCGCUCCACACAAGGCAGUUGCACAAAGGACGAGACCUUGGUGGCCGCUUCUACUCCAAACACUGGCAAAGGAAGAACGAGAUGUCUUUGCUGUUCUCAAGGUCGACAACAAAGUUGUGGGUCAGACAAACUGGGGGCCGGUUGGUCGGCAAGCGUGGAACCAGACUUUCGCUGUUGACUUGGAGCAAUCUCGGGAGCUGGAGGUCUCCGUUUAUUGGCACGACUGGCGCCAGCUCUGCGGGGUGACAUUUGUGCAUCUGGACAGCUUCCUCGACAACCUGGCUGUUCCUCUGGAACCCCGGGGGAGGCUCUUCGUAGAGAUACGGGGGCUUUUACCCCCAGGUCCGCUACCAUGUUGGGCAAAGCUAUGGCAGAACCACCUCCAGGAUGCUGACCGACCCUGAGGUCCGCAAGAGCCCGUGCUCCGUUCUCACACCUUUGAGGAGACCCAAGUUCACGGAAGACUUCAGCCAGCAGAAGCUCCCUGCAGCAGACAGGAUGGAUCAGGGCCAGCUGUACAUCCCGGGAUACACAGGAUUUGAAUCCUACAGAGGUUGCUUUCCUAUUCCAGGCCAAGACUUCCGGCGCCCUUUGCCAAGGGUCCUUCCCCUGCCUGACCUUCCUCCAUGGACACAGGCCCAUCCAGCACCACUGGCAGCUCAGAGAAAGGUCAUCCCCUGUCAUCCCGGCAUCCGGCUGGCUUGUGGGCCAGGGUGGAGGCAGUUUGCAGCCACAGCCAGCUCACAGCUGGUCUCCCCGAAAGGCGAGGAAAGGUUUCUCUGCCACCCGGACAUUGCCCUGGUGUGUGGUCAGGAGGAGCGCCGAGGACCUUGCAAGGCUGGCAUGUCCUUGGUAUGCGGGCAAGGCUGGAGGGGGCCUCCUUGCUACGCAGGAACCGAUCAGCCAACCAGGACCGAAGGAGUGCCUCUGCCACUAGCAACAGAAACGGUGAAUGUCAGGCGCUUUGACCGGACCCCCAGGCUGGAUCUGCCCAACCUCAUUCAACGAAAAGCCAUCUCAGGAUAUGCUGGAUUUAUCCCAUGCUUCACCUGGAUUAUGGGAGUCAACUACCUGAAAGGAGUGAAAGAUGCCAUGAACAAUUUUGAUAGAAACCAGGAAAGGCUGAGAAACCCCAUGUAUAGUUUUGGACAACGCCUGCCCCACACUUAUUGGCCCAACACAAAGAUCUACAACAGCAAAGGCCUGGUUCCAUUUUACACCGGAUUUGUGCCAACUAUCCGCGAAAAUUAUGCCCUAACUUUUGGUAACAGCACCCGGCAAGCUUACUAUGAUGAAUUACAGCGGAGACAACAUACAGGAUGAAAAUGUUUUUAAUGUACAGCAUCAGACAAGUGACAUAAAGAUGACGCAGCA